AUGCAAAUACUUGAUAUCUUUCUUCUUUUUGGUGCUCCAAACAUUCUUCAAAGUGAUAAUGGUGUCGAAUUCACUGCAAACGUCAUAAGUGAGCUUAACAACUUAUGGCCAGAAUGUAAAAUUGUUCAUGGUAAACCUCGACACCCCCAGAGUCAGGGCAGCAUUGAGCGAGGUAAUGCUGAUGUCAAGGAUAUGGUUAUCACAUGGAUGCGAGAUAACCAUUGUAAAGACUUGAGAAAAACAGAAGUCAUCAUUCAGCCAAAAACAGAGCUCCAUACAAAGCUAUGUUUGGGGUAG